GUCUUCUACUGGGACUUUUGCUGUUUAUCGAGGGUGUGACAGAAAAUUUCGGUGCCGCUGACUAUAAUCGAAUGUUUUUCACAUUUACCGUUCGAUUGACCAAGUACCAUUCAAAGUACAUUUUUAUGGGUUAGUACUGUCAGAUUGUGCUAGGUACUUCACAUUAACCUUGUACAGCGAUCAAUAAAGGCUAACAGCACAGUACCACUUAAUUCUAGUAACUUCUAUCACCACUGUAAUGAACUAAAAAAAGGUAACAAACGACCUUUUCUGUGAGAAAUGUAUUGUCAAGCUCACGCGCAUACACUGCUGGCGACAUUCUAAAGCUUCGUUUUGCCCUCCCUACUGUGAUAUCGUAAUAAAUAUAUGACUCUUUCAUUGUGAAGUUGUGUAUUUGAGAGCCUGUCAUUAUAUUAAAUAAAUCAAUCGCUGAUAAACAUAUGUUAUUACUGGAUGGAGUGGUUUUAACUUUUCAUUACUUCUAAUAUUGUCCUUGAAUGCACUCUACAAAGGGAAUGCAAAUUUAGGAAUCUGAAAGUGUCCUAGUAAAAUGAAAACUUCCCCUUUUGCAGCUCACGUAUACAUGACAUUUCUGUAGACUUUCUGAUCAAGUUUCUACGUUCUUAGUAAUAUUGUGAUCGUUGUAAUUACUGCAUAUUUGUAUGUUAAUAAAUGGAUGAAGGAAUGUAGAUCCAUUAUAUAGUGGCAUCACAAUUUGCAUGUUUCGAGAUGCUUGUGCAUUACAUAGUCAUUGUAGCCUGCAGUAGGUUUUGGAUAAGAAUGGCAAGCGAGAAAGAGAGGGGGAGGCUGGGGGGGUCCUGAACAGCAGGCUGGUCAUUCUAGCCAGGUCUUCAGAUGGCAAAUUUUUCAAGAGACUGAUUUAGAACAUUAGUGCAGUGAUGCACACUCUAGCUAUGAGUUUCCUAAGUUCUUACACAGUUACGUGGCCACAACCUCCUUCCCCCUCCCACUCGUAGUCCAUCCUGUGUUACAUUCAAAACGGCAAUAAAUAAUCCUGUACUUGUAAACACUUCAGUGGAGAGCAGUAUUUAUUCAGACUUGCACAUUUGUCUGUGUUCGUCCACCUGCAUGUAAACAUGAAUGUGUGUGAAUGUGUGCAUGUGUCUGUGUGUAAAUGUCUCUUUACAGGAUUGGCGCUGUCUCCCAACUCUAUAAUGCUUCAGCACCCUCAGAAUUUGCAGUAACCAUGAUGGAAGCUCAGUCGGUGACCAUUGAGGAGUACCAGGAGGGAGAGCAGAUGCAAGUCGUGGAGCAGCAGACGGACAGCAAUCCAGACCUGAGGUUUCCGGAAGGGACUGCAGCGGGCGCCAGCAGCCCUCCUCCUCCUGAUUCGCGGACACCUAUGGAUGCCGACAAGGAGGUGAUCUACAGGCACCCCCUGUUCCCUCUCCUGGCGCUGCUCUUUGAGAAGUGUGAACAGUCCACACAGGGCUCGGACUGUGUCACCUCUGCCAGCUUCGACGUGGACAUCGAGAACUUUGUCCGCAGCCAGGAGAAAGAGGGCAAGGCCUUCUUCAGCGAUGACCCCGAACUGGACAACCUGAUGGUGAAGGCCAUCCAGGUGCUGCGCAUCCACCUGCUGGAGCUGGAGAAGGUGAGCGACCUGUGCAAGGACUUCUGCAGCCGCUACAUCGCCUGCCUCAAGACCAAGAUGAACAGCGAGACCCUGCUCAGCGGAGAGCCUGGCAGCCCCUACUCACCUGUGCAGACACAGACUUCUUCCUCUUUCACAGGGACGUUCAGCCCCCAGGGGAUUGUGGUGCCAGCCUCAGCUCUGCAGCAAGGGAACGUCACCUUGACGACCGUUAACCCAACCCAGGUGGUGGCAGGUGGCACUGUGUACCAGCCUGUCACGGUUGUCACUCCACAGGGACAGGUAGUGACGCAGGCACUCUCUCCCGGGACGAUACGCAUCCAGAACACACAACUCCAGCUGCAGCUGAGCCAGGACCUGAGCUUCUUUAACCAUGACGACAGCUCGUCCAAGAACAAGCGCGGAGUCCUGCCCAAACAGGCCACCAACGUCAUGCGCUCCUGGCUGUUCCAGCACAUCGGGCACCCCUAUCCUACAGAGGAUGAGAAGAAACAGCUCGCUACCCAGACUAACCUCACCCUGCUACAAGUCAACAACUGGUUCAUUAACGCCCGGAGGCGGAUCCUGCAGCCCAUGCUGGAUGCCAGCUCUGCAGAGACGCCCAAAACCAAGAAGAAGACCCCACAGAACCGCCCUCUUCAGCGCUUCUGGCCCGACUCCAUCGCCUCGGGCGUGCCCCAGCAACAGGUCACCAUGGCCGACGGCACCAUGGUGACGGUGAGCAUGGACGGACUGCAGACGCUGUCGUCAGACGGCGCGACGCUGGCGGUGCAGCAGGUGAUGAUAGGAGGGCACAGCGAGGACGAGUCGGGGGACAGCGGGGAGGAGGAUGACGGGGACCUGUCCGCCUCUAACAUGGCCGAGCUGGGCCUGGACACCAGUGACUCACUGCAGUAGGACUGGAACCUGAGACGCACGGUCGGCACAUACAGUACGCACUGAAGCACAUGCGUGUGCACAGUCUCACGCACACACACACGUACUCAAUCGCUGGCUCACUCACCCACACAAUCCAUACACUGCAGACACACACAAAAAGCACACACUUGCACGCGCAUGCGCGCACACACACGUGCACAUGCAUACACCCGCACACACACACAAACAAUGCAGAGAGCACAACCGUAGGACAGCUGGAAGCGCCCCGUUGUGGUUGGCACGUGCACAAAGAGGGCGCUGUGCUGUGCGUCAGGAGUUUCAUUUCAAAACCCCGUUUUACAAGCGUAGCUGUAGGAGAGUGCACUUUUUUUGUAUCAUACGGUAAAGCUUCGAAAGUGUUAAGCGCACCCUUGAGCAAGUUUUUAAGGUCGGUGAGUUAAGUAAACGUCGAUCACAUUUUUCACCCUUUUGUUUGGGGGUGCAAACUCUUACUUAUGCAGUCUGUCCUUCUGCUGGCAUGCCUGUGUUUGAAUAGCAGUGCUCACACACAGAGGAGGGCUCAAAUGUGCCCAUGAGAUUAACAGGAAGAUACCUUAUUUUUUAUAAUGAAAACCUGAGAAAUGACGGGUCUUUGUUUUGUGGUGUUUUUUCUUUUUCUUUUUUUUGUAAGGAAUAUUUAUGUAUAGAUUCAUAAUUAAGAUAGCUGCCCUGUUUUCUCAGGGCCACGUGAAUUUUUUUGGUUUUUUAUACGAACACACAAAAAAAAAUUAAUCGCAAUGGAUCGAAAUGUUAAAAAUGUCCAUGAGUAAAAUUGGUUUUAAUGUGAGCAAAAAAAAAUUGCCUUACUUUUUUGUUGUUGUUGUAAACGUAGCCUAAAAGCACAGGAAAGCUGAUUUCAGCACGGAAAAGGGCAACCUUGAAAGGAAGUGAAACUGCGGUCCGUUUGGUGCGUUUUGUACGCUUAGUGGUAAUGGACUGGAUGUGCCGGGUGACCUUUGUGGACCAGGUCACUGAUCCCAGGUCACUGAUUCUGGGCAUGUUGGGUUGGUCUCCAUAGUGACGCCUAAGCGCCCCGGUUUUUUUGCUGCAGUGAUUGCGGUGGUGAACUUGGCAAGGAACUGAUCACAUGGUUUUAUUUUACCAGCAGCCAGUUGAAUUUGUGCUCGCGCCCUUAAGGAGCUCAGAGUUCAGGGACGCUGCGUCGCGUGAACAUCUGCUACAGGAUGUGACAUCACCCCGGGAGAAGCAAUGGAGAGCGUGAUUAGUUCCCAUUAACUGGGGAACCUUGGUCUUUAGCUCAGCUGACUCGCGCGUCUUGUUGUGCGGAGUGGCCGGCUUAGGGCUGCGGUUUUGAAAACCCCGAAGGAGACCUACCCCCAUUAUCCUGUCACUCUCCCUGAGAAUGGCUCCCAACACACUGUGUACUUUGUAACGUUUGUCAGGCGGGAUGAAAUGUACCCAAAAGCCGUUCGGAGCAAACUGUUCACUGUGUGAGCGGUUGCACCACAGGCACAAAAAGAUAAACUGCCUCGUGUGGCAGAAAUGGAGGGGUUUUAUUGCACGCGAUAUCUUUUAUGUACACAUAACAGUAAAUAACUAGUAAAAACAAUGAUAGAUAGAACAAACCGAGGAGAAGGAGGAAUGGGUGGAGAGCAGCCACCCUCUUCAAGGCCCUGUUAGGGUUUUAUCAGCUGUUAAGGACACCCGCACCUUUGUGAUAUUAAAAAAACAGCCACACUUGCAAAGCUGACGGAUGUUUAUGCAGUUACAGCCUCAGUGUGUGUUCACAAUCUUACCUCAACACACACAUAUACACACACAGACACACAGGUGCUCUGUGAGUGUGCAUGAUCUGUGAGGUGUUUUUUUUUUUUUUUUUUUUUGAGGAGGGGAGAACGAAAACCACUCAUAAAAUGAUUUGUACAAAUAAUUCACUGCAUGAAUUUGGGUCAUUUUUCUUGUCUUGUGAGUUUUAUUUUUGUGCCAUUUGAAAAAUGAUAACGACACAUAAAAGUGAAGAUGAAUGAAAUGGUGAUCCUGAGGCUGGGUGCACUGCACCGGUGCUCCUGCUCCUUGUCUCUCUCGAGCUGCUCAUUCCUCCUCCCCCUCCGCUCACUUGCUAACUGUUUCUGCCUUAGAGCUUUAUAUUUUGGAAUAAACUCUUGCCUAACCUCA